UAUUCCUUAGAAUCAUGUGACCAACAUACAGUACAGUAGGAAACGAAACCGAAUUUCGCCCACUUAGGACAGACAGCGCCUUACUCUGUGACUCAGCUUUUUACAUUACAAGUUGGAUCGGGAUGGUUUCAGUUCUGUAUCAACAGAGUUUGUAAUCGUUCAGUGCCAGGGUGAUAAUAAUGGCGUGUUCAACGCAGCAUAGAUUUAAGGACCUCGAAUAUAAGAAUUGGUUAAAAACAACACUGAGUUUACAGCUACUACGGAGCGGUUUGGUGAAUUUUUUGGAAAACGAAACUAACGACUUUCACUCACAGCUGCUGAGAACGCUGAAGGGAGAGAUCUGUAAGGUUCAAUGCGAUACCAAAAACUGCGGAAAUCAAGGGACAAAGCCUCCAUUGACAUGUCCUGCGUGCUCAAAGUGGAAGAAUGAAAUCCUGUCAAACCACAGAAAUAAAAAUUGUAUCAUCUACUGGAAUAAUUGCAAGCCUCAUCUUUGGCAUGCAGAGAAAUGGGAAGUUGCCAAGGUGUAUAUGCCUAGGGGAAACAAGGACCAUACCAAGGCAAACGCCUUUGACAUCUCUGCAUUCUUGAACUUCAUGAAAUUUUGCAAGCACUUUGAGAAGAUUGUGAAAGGCAAUAUGCUGGAUAAGGUGACCUGGGUGAGAAACCAGAUGAUGCAUUCAGCUGAGAUGAAGGUAACCACUCAGGACAUGGAAAUGCACAUCGAAAAAAUCCUUGACCUGGUCCAGCACCUCAAAAAUCAAGCACGGAUCCCUGACCUAGAACAGCUGGAGAAAGAAAUCAUUGAGCUGCUGAAGACUGAACUGAACGUGGUGCUGGAGGGAGUGCAGCUAGAGUCCACUGGGGGCAAUUCGAUUAGCCGCAUAAUGGACAAGCAGAAGCUCCACGAUUUGGAGCAGCAAGUUUUGAAGGAGAAGAUCGAAGCCCUGGGCCUUCGCCUGGAGGAGAAUAAAGACCUGCUUGUAAACCAGGAGGAGCACCGUAUGCUGAAGGAAUUCCUUGACAACAACAAGGACCUGCUGGAGCAGCUGAACCCACAGUUAGCCAAGCUGGACUUCCUAGUGCAGAAGGUCAACCAGCACGACGAGAGGCUGAGUGAACUGGAGAAGAAGACUGAGGAACCAAUUUUCAGUGUUCCUCCAAUUCGUUAUAAAAACCACCUGAAUGAACUUGCACAGAAAAAUAAAUGGCCUCUACCAGAAUUUUCAGAGGAACGCCACCCACUAGGAUACAAAGGCGUGGUCCUGGUGAACGGAGUCAAGCAUACAGGAUUGAAAGUGCACCCCAAAGUGGUGGCGGCACACCAGGAAGUGGCGAUGAUUGCCAUUGACCAUCUAACGGCAGAGGGGUGUCUGCUUCCGGACCCGGACACUAGCCAAUCAGAGACCAGCUCAACCAGCGCAGCAGCCCCGUUGUUUUUCUCCUGUGUGACUGUUAAAUUGAACACUGAAGUUUCACUUCCCGAGGGAUGCAGUGAAAAAGAGGAAGCUGUUGAAGUAGCCUAUGGAAGAUUAGCAUCCAUGUUUGGCCUGCAAGCCUCGGUGUCAGGGGCGUCCAAACAGAUGGUCCUGGAUUUCUUUUCUACAUCUGGUUUCAGUGAACCCGAAGAGGUCUGGCAGACAACCGAUGACAGAAAGUUGAAGUGCAAGCUCAAAAUGUCGGGGCCGUUCAAAUUUCAAAAUCAAGACGGUGCUUCCAAAAAACAGCAGGCACAACAUGAGGCAGCUAAGGAAGCACUCACCCGACUGGCAGGGGUCCUAGGCUGGGGCGGUGUCUGUGAAACUGGAAACUACAAGGGGAAGCUGCAGGAGCUGCUGGUGAAGGAGGGUCACGAGAUGCCCACGUACGACACCCUACCAGGGGGCAAUGGGAGUCCUGAAGACAAAACUUGUCCAGCUCCCCCAGUCUUGAUUGUUGAGUCCUGCAAGGAUAAAGAAGUAUCUACAGCCAGUCCCUCUGAAAGGCCAGCAGCACCGCCCCCUCAAAGAAGCCCACUACAGCCAACCAAAGUGGCAGUGGCUAAACCUGAACCAGUCGCAGCUCAGUUAUUCUUUGCGAAUGUGACUGUCACGUUGAAGAAAGUAAUCGACCCGCCAGAAGUGCACAGCGAGGAGGAGGAAGCCAUCCAGGCGGCCUAUAGGAACCUGGCGUUGGAGUUCGGCCUGACAGAGUCGGUCCCGGAUGUUCCUGUGAAGAAGAUGGUUAUGGAUUACUUCACUAAAUGUGGUUUUAAGGAACCUGAUGAGUUCUGUGAGCCUACUGGUGACAAUAAGUUCAAGUGCAAGCUGGACAUCUCUGGCGAGUUUCGAUUUCACAGUCAAGAUGGUGUUACCAAAAAGCAGCAGGCACAACAUGAGGCAGCUAAGGAAGCGCUCACCCGACUGGCGAGGGUCCUAGGCUGGGACAGUGUCUGUGAAACUGGAAACUACAAGGGGAAGCUGCAGGAGCUGCUGGUGAAGCAGGGUCAGGAGAUGCCCACUUACGACACCCUACCAGGGGGCAACGGGAGUCCUGGAGACAAAACUCAUCCAGCUUCCUUGAGUACCUGUGUUGACUCUGCCAAGCUGGAAACAUCAGCAACAACAGGGGCAUCAGCAGCAGCUGUCUCUGUAACCCCGGCAACAAGGCCUGAAGACUACAGCCUGGCUCCAAAGGACAAGAAGCCACGAAUUGAAUCACCAAAGCUGCAGAGUGUCCUGGAGACGUUUUCGCUUGUUCCGCCCCAAGUGAUGAACCAGCUGAGUGUGGAGAAGGUGUGUGUCUGGAGAGUUUCAGUUGAUGUGAGCAACAUCACCAUUAAAACUCAGGAGAGCUACAAGUCGAAGAAGGAGGCCAGGCACAUGUCAUACUUAAAACUAGGAACCGCCAUGGGCAUCUGUGGAUCAAAUGUUGAUGUGACCAAUGCUAUUGCUAUAGUGAAAGAGCACUUCAAGAAGAAUAGCUCUCUUGAUUUACUCUCAGAGGACUUCAGUGAAUUACAACCCAAGUUUAUAUGUCUGCUAUCAGUGAAGUCUUACAAAUUCCUGUUCAGAGGAGAAGGUUCUGAUGAACACGCAGCCAAGCGAGAGGCCUGCAAGGCUGCGCUGUCCCAGCUGGCCGAACUGUUCGAGUGGGGAUUAGCUGCAAAGGUGGUGAGCUAUGGGGACGCAGAGGGCAGGCUAACCCAGCUGCUACAGGAGCAUCAUCAGGAGCCACUCUCCUUUGAGUGCGUUGAGACCCUGCACACAGCCACGCUGCACCUGCAGUUCAACACAUUCUCCAUCUGCAGCAGGGGCAAGCAGCACACCACCAAGAAGUCUGUCCAGAGUGAAGUCAGCGUGCGCCUGCUGGGGCUGCUGGGGGAGAAGAAGGGAGAUUGCAGCAUGCCAGUAAGGAACCAAGUUCAAGAAUGGUUUGCAAAAAAGGGUUUUCCGAUUCCUGAAUAUAAGGAUACUGAAGAAAGUGGGGCAAAAGUGACGUUCUCUGCAAAUAUUGACUGCACCCAUACAGAUUCCCAGCCAAGUUUAGAGCUUGCUGAAGAGAAACUCAAGGACGAGCUUCUUGGUCGUAUCCAGUACAUUGUGGAGGAUGAUAUUGAGCAGGGGCUUCUCAGAUGAAUGAGGCAGAGUUCUCCUAGAUGCUGACGGGACAGGAUACCAAUGAAAAUCUCUGAUGCUGUUCUGGAAGUGAACGUCUGUUUCCCCAUCCCUCCACUAUGUUUGUGUUUCCACUCCUGUCUGGCCUGCAUGUUUUAUACUGAAGAUGCCAUGUACAGUCACUGCAUGCUCGUUUAUUACGAGGUUCAAAUCGAACACUAAGCACUUCAAGAUGACCUCCCUUAUAAAUGACUUAUUUUUAAAUACAUUUGCAUAGACUGUGCCUUUUGUCAUUCCUAUUAAAUUAUAGUUUCCUGCAGAUUUGUUUAAAUAUGUUAUCUGGAAAACAAGCUGUAAUGGAUAGCAAGUUUUGCUCUGAGGCUUAAAUGCAGUAUACAUUUUUUAGCUCCACAAACUAACUGUAUUCAUAAUAUUGAAAUCACAGCAGAGUAGUAAACAUUAGAUUGUAUUUUAAAGUCAUUUAUAUGGGAGCUCAUUAAUUGAUUAGGGUCUAUGUGCAAUGCAACCCAGCACUUUGUUAGUAAAUGGAUUAACUAUUUAUGGUUUUAAUGAAUAUUUAAAGACUUGUUUUGUGGGGUUACCUAGGUUCUAUCAGCCUCACCCAGAACUGUUAACUUCAUAGAAAAUCAAUGGGCAAUCCAUUCUGGUCUUCCUCUAGUUAAGGAAGACUAUUUAAAUUGCAGACUUUUUAAAGCUUUUAAAUGUCAUUUAAAACAAAGAUGCUUCUGGUGAUUAAAAAAAAUAUAUAUAUUAAAAUAAAGAAAUCUCUGUUUAAGCUUUUACUGAACAAGGGGCCUGGAAUUAUUGGAGUCUUAUAUUUUAAAUGUUGAUGUGAACAGAGACGGUUAACAAAGUCACGAUACCUGAAUCGGGCAAAUUGGGAGUUAUAGUCUAUAAAAUGUGUUGGCUGCUUUCCACCUUCAUGGUGUGGAUGAGAUUUUGUGGUGCAUGGGUUUAAGUUUCUACAUCUGUGUAUAUAAUCGCUGCCGCCCUUGUGUUCUGCAACUGACCUUGUAUUAACCUUUUCACUUGAAGUAAAACCAGAAUUAACCUGUUCUGUAAGUUGUGAAAUACAUUGAUAGGAGAAAUGUUACUGCUUCCCAAUUUCAACACAAAAAGAGAAAUAAUUACAAGGGCAAAUCCUUUCGCAUCCUGAAAAUGUAUUUGAAAUGGUGUAAAGAAUGUUGCUGCAGGUUCCUUAUUUGAGGUGUGGAACCAUGAAAACAAUACUGAAAAGUUCAUAAAUAAACUACGCUCUGGAUACCUA